AACGAAUUGUGCGUGUUCACAAUGCCCUUUUGGAGCAACUGGGACAAGCGCCAGCGGUGUUGCUGUCCGGGAAAAUUCAGCGACUCUACUUCGAAGUAUCUGCAAGUUAGCGUGAACGUAUAUUGGCGAACAUGGUCACAGAAGAGUUGUUAGAAAGUACAAAAUGAAUCCGUAGCGUACAAAAAACAACAAAAUACUAUUACUAUAAAGCCAGCUGUAAUUCUACCAUAAUGGAUACUCGUGAAAAAGAUAGUAUACAGUCUGAUACGCAAUCUUUGACUGCUCAUACUGCAUCUGCAUUAUUGAUUCUAGGCAAGGCGAAAACGAUAUGAGCAUGCUAAUACAUACAUAUGUGAGUGAUAUCUGAUGUAAUUAAGAAUAUAGCAAGUUCACUGUAAAGCUGUCAGUCAUUUUUUGCACUUGCCUGUUGCCAAAAAGAGGAGUAAAGCAGACCGUGUGAUAUGGUUACAAUUUUUUGGAGUAAUGGGAAGCGAAUUUGGAAGAAAACUGCAAUGUAACUAAGAAGAACCAGUGUGAGGUGCACAAAAAUAGGUCAUGGUGAUGUAUGAAUAAGUAUUUGCUGAUUAUUCGGUAGAAGUAUAAAUGACGUAUCUGUACCAGAAGCACGUCUAUUAGUGUUGGUACGUCUCGACGCCCACAAGGGGAGUUAUCGCCCUCUGGGAGAAAGACUGAUCUAAACUAUUCAUUACACAAUUGGUUCUAAAGGCACUUCUGGAUGUCCGAUAAACGCUUUGGCUUUACUUCUCCAGAAAAAAAAAACUCCAGGAAAUGAAUGUCUUUUGACGCGUGAUUAUCUUUUAAUAGUUAUUGUAUCCACGGUACACUUAUCAUUUAUACUUCGCGAUGCGAAUUGAGUGAGUGGUAUGACAGAAAAAAGAACAACCAUGCUAUUUAAUAAUGAAUAAUAAAAACGAAUCUCAAUGGUGUAGAUGUCUACUGGUAUGACUAUGGCUAUGUUUAAACAGUGAUAUUGAAACGUUAUAAAACACACACGCACAGCAAAGAAAAUAAAAAAUCCAAUCAAUCAACUGCAUAAAAUAGAUUGAGAUCAGACACAAGACAGUCGAACAUACCCAUGUAAUCUAAUACUUUCUAGCUGUUGCUGGUUCAAUCUUUUUCGUUUUCCAAAUUUAUCCUUGUGCAAGCUUUACAAAAAAUAUGUUGUAUUCAUAAAAAUAGUAAAUAUGAUUAUAAAUACUAAAAUAAAUACUUUGCA